AUGCCCAAGACGACAAGCCUGCCACAAAGCUACGUUCUUCCCAACCAGUCAGACCUACUAGAAUUUACGAGUUUACGUAGAGCUCCCCGGUCUUAUCACGACAAGAGCCCAUAUGAGACCGGAAGCCUUACUCGACGGAGAAGUGACCUUGAUCUGGAAGUGCCUAUUGAAGUUGACAGGUCUACUAAAUCAUCAAAACCUGAGAGAAGUGCCAAGCCUAGCAAAAAUCGGGAAUCUGGCAAAGGCAGUAAAUCUGACAAGGGCAGCAAAUCUGACAAAGCCAAGAAAUCCAGCAACACCAAAUCCCCUGGACUCGGAGAUGUAGUCCAUGUGAAAAUGGUGAAACACGAACUCAGAAACGCACAGUCAAAACUGAAAGAAGUCAACGAGAAGCUCGAGACUAACAAGAAUGAGAAGAAAGACCUAGAGAGUAAAAAGGCCUCUUAA